CGUCAGUGGUUGUUCGGAUGACUCAACUGUAUUGUUCACUGUCAAAAAUACAAAUAUUUACCACCACGAUGUCACAACCUGACGCCGCAAACUCCAGCGCAAUUAUUGGCGGGAAAUUGGUCAAAAUCGACGAGGAAUGGAAAUUCGACGCUAUUCAAGCACUAAUACGUGACUGUCCAGGUCUAAAUACUGGCCAGUACUGGGUAGAUGGCUACAACGAAAGAAACAAUGUAGAUGAAUGGAAAUUUUCAGACGAUACUUUGGUCCCCAUGGACAAACAUUUCUGGAAAGAGCAUGCUCCAAACGAAAAGGAAGGUGAUCCAUUUUGCAUUCGUAUGGUACGUCACAGUGGUGAUGAAAUAGGGGACCAUCGUUUCGACGAUACCAAGUGCUCGAAUACAUUUGGUUAUAUAUGUGAACAAAAUUAACAUUAAACCAAAUGCAAAUGUAUCGUGAUUAGCUCACUUUGGUUGGACACAGUAAUCACAUAUUUUCAUGUUCCAAAACCCGAACAGGAUGUCAUACUGUGCUUGUGAUAAUUGAGCCGCGUCAUAACAAAACCAACAUAAUGGGUGUGCGACCAGCAUGGAUCCAGACCAGCCUGCGUAUCCGCGCAGUCUGAUCAGGAUCCAUGCUGUUCGCUUACAACUCUAUAACAAGUAGAGAAAACGAUACUGACAGCGAACAGCAUGGACCCUGAUCAAACUGCGCGGAUGCGCAGGCUGGUCUGGAUCCAUGCUGGUCGCACACCCAUUAUGUUGCUUUUGUCGUGACGCGGCUCAUAUGUUUUCUAGGAAUACGUUCUUGUAAUCUAAUCUUUGUUUUCCUUGAUAUUGUGCAAUACUAAUUUUAUUCAAAACGAAGUCUUUUCCUUUUGGGUAUUGAGCUGAAAUGUCCUUUAUUUAGCAGGAAGUUCUAUAAAUAAAACACAAAGCAAUACUUUUUUAACUCUAAGUUGAACAUUAUAUGACCUUGCAAUAUGGCGUUAUAUAUUGAUAAUUACAAUAUAUAAAGUUUAAAGUGAAUAUCUUUUACACUUUUUUUCUAAGAAAAUAGUCUAUUUUAAAAAGAUCUUAUAACAUGUAACAGCUAGUAGACAGGACUGACUUUGAGAAUUUGGCUCCCUAUAAGAUGCUAGAGGCAUUUUGUAGUACAAGUGGUAUCUUGGUGUAUUUAACCUAUUUAAGGUAUGCUGAAUCCGGUAAAAGUGGAUACCAAAUUGAAAAAUUUGAUCUUCACCAUUGAAAUGGCCAUUUGAAAUGACCACUAAAAUGGGCGCCAAAUUUCUUUAUCAUAAAUGGAUGAUAUAUCAAAUAAAACUUUUAAGGAAAGGAAAAGCCUGAAAUUUGUCACAAAGCAUGUUUAGGUAAAAACAAAUUAGAAACCAAAACAGAAUUAAAAAAACAAAACAAUCCAAUAUGGCCGAAUAAUCCAAGAUGGUGGACAUUUAUCUAUAGGCCAAUAUAAUACUAAUAUAGAAGCAAUAUUAAAGAUAGUACUGAAAAUUUUAAGGCAUUUUAAACAUAAGAGACCUGUAUACACUUCACUCUUCCCUGCCCUAUCUGCUUGAUAUAGGGCUUUCAUGUAUUUUAUC